AUGUCAACAGAUAGUCACAUGACCAGGAAAACACCUGCCAGCUACUCCGACGGGGUAUACAUGAUGUCCGGUCAAGACCGACCAAGCCCUAGAAAAUUAAGCUCGUUGUUCAUGAAAGGAUCAGAAGGUCUGUCGUCACUAAAGAACAGGACUGCGAUCUUAGCGUUUUUCGGUCAAGUCGUGAGUUCCGAAAUCGUAAUGGGCAGCGAAAGUGGUUGUCCGAUAGAAGUGCAUCCAAUUGAAAUCGAAAAGUGUGACGAGAUGUACGACCACGAGUGCGAAGGCGGUAAAUCGAUACCUUUCCACAGAGCGGGUUAUGACCGGAACACCGGUCAAAGUCCAAACACGCCGAGACAACAGAUAAACCGGGUCACCAGCUGGAUCGAUGGAAGUUUUAUCUAUAGUACUAGUGAAGCGUGGAUAAACGCCAUGAGGUCUUUUAAAAACGGUACGCUUCUCAGCGAACCCACUAAUGGAUUUCCGGUGAGGAACACGAUGCGUGUUCCUUUAUUUAAUAAUCCUGUACCCAAUAUUCUGCGGACGCUUAGUCCCGAGAGACUUUUCCUAUUGGGAGAUCCCAGGAGUAAUCAAAACCCAGCUUUGUUGUCGUUUGGGAUAUUGCUGUUCAAAUGGCACAACGUGCUAGCCGAUAGAGUGCAGCUAGAACACCCGGACUGGUCCGACGAAGAAGUAUUUCAGAGAGCUAGGCGGUUCGUGGUGGCCACUUUGCAGAACAUCAUUGCUUAUGAAUACAUUCCUGCGUUCUUGGGGACAGAACUACCAGAGUACACGGGCUACAAGCUGGACGUACACCCCGGUGUCAGUCACGUGUUCCAAUCGUCAGCCUUCCGGUUCGGGCACACGAUGAUUCCACCUGGCAUAUAUCGGAGAGACGGAAAAUGCAAUUAUCGGAAAACAGCCAUGGGGAAUCCGGCUCUGAGACUGUGCGCUUAUUGGUGGGAUUCCAGUGAUGUGAUGUCUGACAGUAGCGUUGAAGAGUUCAUGUUGGGCAUGGCUUCGCAGCUGGCUGAACGGGAAGACGCGGUACUCUGUUCGGACGUCCGUGAUAAGCUAUUUGGGCCCAAUGAAUUUUCCCGGAGGGAUCUGGGAGCACUCAACAUAAUGCGAGGCCGGGACAACGGGCUAGCAGAUUACAAUACGAUCAGAACGUAUUUCGAACUACCCCGAGUCGAAAAGUUCGAAGACAUCAACGAGGAGCUGUUCCGGGGCCAUCCCGAUUUGGCAGAUAAAUUGCUAAAAGCUUACGGUAGCGUAGACAAUGUGGAUUUAUACAUCGGGGGCAUGUUAGAGUCGAAAGACGGUCCCGGUGAAUUGUUCACUGCAAUAAUUUUAGACCAGUUUGUCCGAAUCAGAGAAGCCGAUAGAUUCUGGUUUGAGAAUGAUAAAAACGAUAUGUUCACGGACGAGGAGCUUGAAUGGGUACGUUCGGUGACUCUGUGGGACGUAAUAGUAAACAGCACUGAUAUAGAACCGGACACGAUACAACGGGAAGUCUUCUUCUGGAACGAAGGAGAUCCGUGUCCGCAGCCAGGUCAAAUAGAACCAUCCACAUUAGAACCAUGUUCGUAUCUAAAAGGAUUUGAUUAUUUCGAGGGAAACGAAUUGGCGUACAUUUACGUUUGUAUAUUUUUGGGAGUCGUUCCACUCAUUUGCGCUGGGGCAGGAUACGGUGUCGUAAAACUCCAGAACAAACGCAAAAGACAUUUGAGGAUGAAACAAGAAGAAAUGAAAUCGGGAAAUAAAUCGAACGGCAUAAUAGUCGAGAAGAUGUCAGUGAGAGAAUGGCUGCAUGCGAACCACAGAAGGUUGGUGAAGGUGCGGUUCGGCCCGCAAGCCGAAAUGCACACAGUAGACCGAAAGGGAGAGAAACUGAGAUCCGUGAAUUUCGCCAAAUGUGACACGAUAACCGUCGAAGAAUCACAGGUGGACAGUAGCAAAAAAAAACGUCCAUUGGUCUUGAUUAGAGUUCCAAAAGAUCACGAUCUGGUGCUUGAGUUUGACUCUGUCGGCGAGAGGCGGAAGUUCAUCAACAAGUUCGAAGCAUUUUUGAAUUCGCACAAAAAACACUUAGUCACUCUACAGGCACCCAGAGACUUCCUGUUAGCCCAAGCCGAAACUCGAGAGAGGAGACAAAAAAGACUAGAACACUUUUUCAGGGAAGCAUACGCGCUCACGUUUGGACUUCGACCAGGUGACCGAAGAAGAGGUGACGAAGAUGGAGAUGUGGUCAUGAGAACUUCAUUAUCAAAAGCAGAGUUCGCGUCUGCAUUGGGUAUGAAAGCUGAUGCAGUAUUCGUCAGAAUGAUGUUCAACAUCGUAGAUAAAGACAGCGACGGAAGAAUAUCGUUCCAGGAAUUCUUGGACACAGUUGUUCUUUUUUCACGAGGUAAAACUGAAGACAAACUUCGAAUCAUAUUCGAUAUGUGCGACAAUGAUCGGAAUGGAGUCAUUGACAAAGGCGAAUUCUCCGAAAUGUUAAGAUCCCUGGUUGAAAUCGCCCGGACCACUAGCUUAUCGGAUGCUCACGUCACCGAACUAAUUGAUGGAAUGUUCCAAAACGUGGGAUUAUCUAAUAAAGAUUUCAUGACGUAUGCAGACUUUAAACUCAUGAUGAAAGAAUACAAAGGUGAUUUUGUCGCAAUUGGAUUGGAUUGCAAAGGUGCAAAACAAAAUUUCUUAGACACGUCGACCAAUGUAGCACGAAUGACCAGUUUUCACGUCGAUCCAUCUCUCCACGACGAUAAAGGGAAAAUCAAGAGUCGUAUUGAUUGCAUUGUUACAUACUUGGAAGAAAACAGACAAAACAUAUUUUAUCUGUUCGUCUUCUAUGUCAUCACAAUUGCAUUGUUUGUUCACCAAUUUAUAUAUUAUUCGUUUUGGCCGAACACACCGAUCUUCGUCACAUAA